GGAAAAGCCACUUUAUCUAAAUCAAAAUUAAAGAUAACAAAUUUAAAUAUCCAAUCAAAUAAAAUCACACAAACAAAAUUGUGGUGUUGCUUGUUUGUCAGCAACAAUGGCAGCACUUAACAUCUCCUUGAGUCUCAAUUUUCCUCCAAAACAUUCUUUUUCUCUUCCAAAACAUCAUCUUUUCUCUUCUAUUCAAUCUGUUUGUUCAUCAUCACAUCCUCAUCAUACUGAGAUUCAAAGUCUAAAACAAUGUAAUAAUCAGAAAGAUGGGUCUUUUUUUACAAUGCUGGAAAAUCCAAUUGCUUCAGCAAGUUUGCUUCUUUUUCUAUCUGCUUCUUUGUGCUUCUCUAACCCUGCUCUUGCUUUCAAGGGAGGAGGGCCAUAUGGACAAGAAGUAACUAGAGGUCAGGAUUUGACCGGAAAGGAUUUCAGUGGAAAAACCUUGAUCAAGCAAGAUUUUAAAACAUCAAUAUUGAGACAGGCCAAUUUUAAGGGAGCAAAAUUGUUGGGUGCUAGCUUCUUUGAUGCUGAUUUAACAGGGGCUGAUCUUUCGGAUGCUGAUCUCAGAGGCGUAGAUUUUUCUCUCGCCAAUGUGACAAAGGCAAAUUUAACGAAUGCUAACUUGGAGGGUGCUCUAGCUACCGGGAAUACUUCAUUCAAAGGAUCGAUCAUCACAGGAGCAGACUUUACGGAUGUGCCUUUGCGAGAAGAUCAACGCGAAUAUCUUUGCAAAAUUGCUGACGGGGUAAACCCAACAACGGGAAACGAGACUCGAGAAACACUUCUUUGCAAAUAAUAGAAUCCUGGUAUGUUCAAUUGUUGAUUGAAGUUUUGUAUAUUAUUCUAGGACUAGUAACACUAUGGAUCAUAGUCGUGUAUGGAUCAUACGGGAAAUCACAAUUGAAUCUCGUUGAGCCCAUCUCGUAUAAUCUGGAUCAUCGGUCGAUGGUGAGGAUCAGAGAAUACACUUGUAAGAGUUGUUACUAGUGCUAAGACAUCAUCUAAAGUGCAAAACAUUGUGAUGGAAUAUUCAUAGUGGCCAAGCUUUUAUGCAUUAUAUCCAGUGGUGAAAGUCAACCCUUCUUUUUACCCCAUUAUCCUGCAUUUCAUGAUUCUUGGUGCAUAAAUUUCAUUUCAAUUUUAACUUUUCUUAUCUGCAUAUAUUCUUUUGGACGACAAUUGGAAUUGAUAUAUUGGUUCAUGUAGUCGACUCCAAUCUUUUGAAUUAAGGAUACGACAUUUUUGCUGUAUAUAUUCUGUUGGGAAAAGAACUCACAUGUGAUUCCACAUCGAAAAAUUAGAGAGAUGUUGACUAAUAUAUAAGUUUGAUGGGCUACUUCUCCUAUUACUAAGGAUGGAACCUCAUCGGGUUUAUAUGCAGUUAGAGGUGUGUUCAUUCAGGUUAUCGAAUUGAUUUCGGAUAGUGUUUCGGUCGGUUUGAUGUUUGAAAACGGUUUUGUGUUUGCAUUGAUUUUUACAUAAUUGUAAAUGCAUUUUUAAAUCAGGUUUGGUUACAAAGUCGGGUGAAGAUUGGGUCGUUAGCUCUGUUUCGAACACCUCUAUGUGCAAUCAACUUUCUUUUCUUGUGGGUCUUGUUUCCGACAAGCCCAAUAACAGCCAAAACAAGGACUCAUCUAGGCCCGCUUUCGGUGUAAGCUGCAUUUAGAAUGCAAACUGGUUUAAGCAUGUUUGAUUAGCUGUAGUUAAAGCUUACAUCUCCCUGGAUUAAUGCUGAUUUUUACAUAUUUCUAUAUCUUGUGGAAUUAAGCUAUGGAAGACGAAAUUAGAAUCAAGAAACUGAUUGAAGUAGCAAUUGCUCGCAAGUUUUUAAUUGUAUUGAUUCAAAACUGGAAAAUACACAAGCUAUAAGGAGCUCGGAAACUACAUUCUUUGACAGUGGCAGUACAUUACACCGCAAAGAAUUUGCAAGAAUAACUAAAAAAUUAUGUUAAGA